AUGGCUCCAAACGCUGCUGCUGCUAAGAAAUCUGCCUUGAAGGGUACCAACUCCAAGAAGGCCACUAAGGUCAGAACCAGCACCACCUUCAGACUUCCAAAGACCUUGAAGUUGGCCAGAAAGCCAAGAUUCGCCACCACUUCCGUUCCACACUACAGAAGAUUGGAUGCCUACAAGAUCAUCGAGUCUCCAAUUGCCUCUGAGACCGCCAUCAAGAAGGUCGAGGACGGUAACACCUUGGUUUUCCAGGUUUCCAUCAAGGCCAACAAGCAUCAGAUCAAGUCUGCUGUCAAGGAGUUGUACAAUGUCGAUGUGGAGAAGAUCAACACUUUGGUGAGACCAAACGGUACCAAGAAGGCUUACAUCAGAUUGACUGCUGACCAUGACGCUUUGGACGUUGCCAACAGAAUCGGUUACGUGUAA